UUGUUUUCAAGCUCAAAGCUGGCUUUUGAAACACCAGGAAGCCAUCUUGAAUACUACAUGUCAGAGGGCGGCAAAGCACUUGCCAAAAUAAGCAAAUUCAUUGUUUUCAGCUUUCUUUCAAAAGUCAGCCACUUUAUUUUUGAUUUCUUUACAAUUAUACAUCUUGAUGAUUCAAAAAACAAAAAUAUUACUGUGAUCUUUAUGAUCUCUCUGAUACUGUUAGGAGCAAUCAAACUUUGGAAGAUGCCAAAAAUCAUUUAUUUUAACAAGAUGAACAUCGACAUUGCCUAUGAAAAGGAAAAAUGCAUAAACGAGACGCUCGAAAACCUUGCGAUAGUCAAAGCAUAUGGAACUAAGAAGCAUACGGUUUCAAAGUAUGCUAGAAAAGCUUUUAUGUGGGAAUCUGCAAACGUUUCAUACAAAUUUUGGAAUCUCUCCACUGAUAUGAUAUUCAACUGUAUUAGCACAGCUGCUAGACCUGGAAUAGGUCUUCUUUAUAUUCUUUGGUGUAGUCCUAGCAAUGGAAAAAUGCACGUUCAAAACAACGAUGUUUUAAAUCAUAUGGAUAAGAUCACUGAAAUGUUGAAGACAAUUGUUUCAUUAGUCAGUAUCCAGACUGAGUUACUUCAAACGUACAUUUUAACCGAAAAUGUUAUUGAGUAUUUGAGGUUGGCAAAUGAAGAAGUUAAUAGAGAGAUCAGGAUCAGCUCGUUCUCAGAAAGCAUCGAGGUCAAGGACCUGAGCUACACAUGCAAGGACAAGCUUGUCUUCAAUAACGUCAGCUUCGUCAUCAGCAGGGGAAGCAAGGUGGUUCUGUUCGGCAAGAAUGGCACGGGGAAAAGCUCCAUCUUCAAGCUGCUUCUCGGCUUCGACAAGUACAGAGGCACCAUCCUGUUCGACGGCAUUGAGCUGUCAAGACUGUGCAUAUCCGACUAUAGACGACUCAUAACAUAUGUCCCGCAGGACACCAGGCUGUUUGACGAAAGCAUCUACUACAACCUGGCAUACGGCAACAGCAAGUCGUUCAAGGAAAUCAUCGAGGAGUGCAAGAGCAUGGGGAUACACGACGCCAUCAUGUCGUUUCCCAGCGGAUACAAUACCGGAGUUGGCGAGGGGGGCAAGAGCAUAAAUGGAGGGCUGAAGCAGAAGAUAUUCUACACAAGGGCGUUUCUGAGAGACAGCGAGAUAUAUCUCUUUGACGAGCCCACAAACAACCUCGAUGCAAACCACAGCAGAUUUUUGCUGGAGUAUAUCCGAAGCCCCCGGUAUGCGGAGAAGACAUUCUUUGUGAUAUGCCACGACAGGGAUAUUGCAAACGAGUUUCCA